UACCUUCAGAACGCCACCGAGAAGGCAAUCCCCAUUUUACAGAUGGGGAAGCUGAGGUUUAAGGGAAUUGGUCACAGAAUAAGUCCUUGGAUGACCCUAAGAGACCUCUGAACAAGGCUGAACUGCGGGGAGCUAAAAUGUCAUUGUAGUUUACCUGUGUGGUUUCCCACACCAAGGACUCUGCCUGACUUUGGAGGCACUGAAUUUACCAGUAGAAAGAACACAGGCUUUGUAGAAAGACUGGGUGUGGGUUUAAGUUUUGGCUCUUACCAGUGUGACCUUGGACAAGGCACUAGAGCUCUCUGAGUCUGGUUCCCAGAAGUAAAAUGGGAUCACAGACUCAGCUGCCUCCUUCCUGGUAUGGUGCCAAGACCAAGUGUGUGAAGAUGUUCGUAAACUAAUUUCCUGCACGUGAUGCCCACGUAAGAGACGAAGUUACUCUGUGGGUACCUGCCCCUUCAUGAUGAGGUGGGGUGCUGUUCCUGGGCAUAAAGUCAGCCCUGUGCCCAACAUGGAUCAAUCUGUCUUCUGGCAGCCAAGUGCAGGUGCUGCUGCCACCUUCACUGUGCUGAGACCCCCGUAGCAGCCACAGAACUGCCCGUCCUCCAACGCGUCAGUGUGAAGGUGUGAACUCAGCGUGCUUCAGAGCCUCCUCACCAUGACCUCCAAGAAGCUGCUGAACACGGUGGCAGGCUGUGCCGACGAUGCCCUGGCUGGUCUGGUGGCCUGCAACCCCAGCCUGCAGCUCCUGCAGGGCCACCGUGUGGCCCUCCGUUCCGACCUAGACAGCCUCAAGGGCCGGGUGGCGCUGCUGUCGGGUGGGGGCUCUGGCCAUGAGCCUGCCCAUGCCGGUUUCAUAGGGAAGGGGAUGCUGACGGGGGUCAUCGCGGGAGCCGUGUUCACCUCCCCGGCAGUGGGCAGCAUCCUGGCAGCCAUCAGGGCAGUGGCCCAGGUGGGCACAGUGGGGACCCUCCUCAUCGUGAAGAACUACACUGGGGAUCGGCUCAACUUCGGCCUGGCCCGGGAGCAGGCCCAGGCGGAGGGCAUCCCCGUGGAGAUGGUGGUCAUUGGGGACGACAGUGCUUUCACCGUCUUGAAGAAGGCAGGCAGGCGGGGGCUCUGUGGCACAGUGCUCAUACACAAGGUGGCAGGUGCCCUGGCGGAGGCAGGUGUGGGGCUGGAGGAAAUCACAGAACGGGUGAGCGCGGUCGCCAAGGCCAUGGGGACCCUGGGAGUGAGCUUGUCCUCCUGCAGCGUCCCUGGCUCCAAACCCACCUUUGAGCUCUCGCCGGAUGAGGUAGAGCUGGGCCUGGGGAUCCAUGGGGAAGCUGGUGUGCGCCGGAUAAAGAUGGCAAGUGCCGACGAGAUUGUGACACUCAUGCUGGACCACAUGACAGCUUCCUCCAGCGUGUCCCGUGUGCCUGUGCAGUCGGGCUCCUCAGUGGUGUUGAUGGUCAACAACCUCGGUGGCUUGUCGUUCCUGGAACUGGGCAUCAUAGCCGAUGCUGCUGUCCGUGCUCUGGAGGGCCGCGGGGUGAAGAUCGCCCGUGCCCUGGUGGGCACCUUCAUGUCAGCCCUGGAAAUGCCUGGUAUCUCUCUCACCCUUCUGCUGGUGGAUGAGCCUCUCCUGAAACUGAUCGACGCUGAAACCACCGCGUCGGCCUGGCCUAACGUGGCAAAGGUCUCCGUGACUGGGCGGAAGCGGAGCCGGGCAGCCCCUGCUGAGCCUCUGGAGGCCCCUGAUUCCACCGCUGCGGGAGGUUUGACCUCGAAACGGGUGGCGCUCGUGCUGGAGCGGGUGUGCGCCACCCUCCUGGGCCUGGAGGAGCAUCUGAAUGCCCUGGACCGUGCUGCCGGCGAUGGGGACUGUGGCACCACCCACAGCCGCGCUGCCAGAGCCAUCCAGGGGUGGCUGAAGGAGGGUCCACCCCCUGCCAGCCCUGCCCAGCUACUCUCCAAAUUGUCCCUCCUGCUCCUGGAGAAGAUGGGAGGCUCCUCUGGGGCGCUCUAUGGCCUGUUCCUGACUGCAGCGGCCCAGCCACUCAAGGCCAAGACAGACCUGCCAGCUUGGUCUGCUGCCAUGGAUGCCGGCCUGGAGGCCAUGCAGAAGUACGGGAAGGCUACUCCAGGGGACAGGACUAUGCUGGAUUCCCUAUGGGCAGCCAGACAGGAGCUCCAAGCCUGGAAGAGCCCAGGAGCCAAUCUGUUCCAAGUUUUGACCAAAGCAGUCCAGAGUGCAGAAGCUGCAGCUGAGGCCACCAAGAACAUGGAAGCUGGAGCCGGACGAGCCAGUUACAUCAGCUCUGCGCGGCUGGAUCAGCCGGACCCCGGGGCAGUGGCAGCCGCGGCCGUCCUCCGCGCCAUCCUGGAGGCCUUGCAGAGCCCGGCUGUGUGAGCGCCUCCUGGGCCUUGGUUCCUCUCUCACCACUGUGCAGAGGUGGCUACUGUCGCUUCCUCCUGUCUUCCAGCUGUUACCCUCCCUCACCUCUUGCCCCCAGGGCCUGUCCUGAGUUCAGCAGGGAACCUCUACCAGCCUCUGGAAUUCCUACAGACACCGUAGGCCAAGUGGGUUGUGUACAACUUUGGCCUGGCCCUUUCCCUCUUCAGGAAGGUGGAAUUCUGGGGUCACCCCACUCUGCCCCCAGCCACCUCAGGGGCUCCGCGAUAGGCAUUUUCCUUGGGUGGCAACGUGGCUUUUAACUGGCCAUGCUAAUUCGGUUUUAAGGUUCCUUGUGAAAGGCCUUCUGACCUUGAGCGAGUGUAAAAAAGCAAGCGAAUAAAAAACCACAUUGAAGCAAGA